CCCAGCUGCGCUUCACGGUUCGGGCUAGACAGUUUUCUUCACUGCAGCAAGGCGCUUCUAUAUAUUCUAGAUGACGACUAAAUCCGAAUAAGGAUAUCCUAUAUUCUCCCCCAACGCGUUUGAGGGGUUUGUUGACAAUCUUCGGCUGAACAGGUUCGAUAUCGCACUGCAUUUGGAAAAGCACUCUUGCAAAAGCUACAUGAGCGAUAAAGACUCCCAAGAUCUGCUGAGCCAAACAAGUCUACACUCCGGGAACGGUGCCGGUAAAAAGAUGAAAAAGCCCGAAGCCAGGCGCGCACCUGAUGCAGCGUCAGAGUCGGUGACAGGCAUCCACGAUCUGGCGCUUAAUCUUGAUGGGACGUCGUUCUUUCCACCCGAAUUCCCAGUCCUACGAAUCAGUAGAAACAAGCAUUGGAGAUACGUCAGCUCCUUUCAUGGGCCAUGGUUAUCACUUCCAUCGGAGAUGCUGGAGUCUCUUUUGGUUUCUUGGACGUCUCCGAUGCCGUUGACCAUGGAUGCGGGUCUUCCGAAGUCAAAGAGACGUCGAGGUCUAGAUCUGAUCCCACACCCACUCGAUCAACCUCCUUCCAUGACACUCCGUGCAGCUCCUCCACCUAUUGAUCCUGGUGUCUUCCGGAACGCUGUGAAUAUACGCCGGCUGAUAGAUGAUGCGGGGGAGCUUGCGAUGCGUGCUUCAGAGGGAGUUUUGUCUUAUCGACAACGCAAUAGAACAAUGAGGGUACCUCCCGAUGGAUCGAUACGCGGUGGACACAGAGCAUCAAUGUCAAAUGUGCAUUGUCAGCGGCUCAGAGUAGAAGCAGUUCAGAAAAUCUCACAGGCGUACUUGUUGGAUGAGAUCGUAACGUCAGUUAUGAUAAUGAAAGGGACCAGUGCUCUAGACGACCUGGCGGCAACGGUUUUGAAAAAUGAUCCAAACAAUAUCUGUGCGUUGUAUGUGAACUUCUUUCACGAAAAAAUCCCUUCAAGUCCUAGACAGCUAUGCGAUACUGAUACCAGGCUGCUGGAUCACCUCAUCGAGGUCAAACCCGAACAAUUGGAAUAUUGGCGAACGCGUGGCAUUGUCCACACUUUCCGCGAUGAAUUCCCGGAGGCCAUAAAAGACUUUACUCACGGACUAAGCCAUUGCCGGGCCAUCCGAAAAGCGAGACAAGGGACUGACCAUGGGUCUCCGAAUGGAAGCGACUUGCCAAAUAUGGCGAAGAAAGGCAAGGAUGCGUCCAGAAGCACUGCUCCGUUUGCCGGCGAAGAAGCCGACAUUGCGACUCUACUAGGGAGCCCUGUCUUUCCUAUCGAUGCAACUAGCGGGUUCACAUCUCCCUUUUCCAAAACACACCGGGAGUACCACCCCUCGUCGCUUCCGGACGCACCAGAUCCCCUCGAACUCCAAUUCCUAUUUCAACGCGGUAUUGCUCAACUCAUGAAUGCAUGUUCGUCUAUCGAACAGGGAGUUUUUCGGAUCGAGAUGCUUCCUAUUCCCCCGCCAGAAGGCCCCGAUAUCCGCCUUUCUCGUCUUGACUUCCUCUCGCUCUCGCCCAAGUAUGGAGGCGUGGAACUCGGGAAUCCAGCAGGUCCCCUCGGACUGCACGAUGGGUCAAAGUCACUUGCUUAUCAGGCGGUUCUCAGUGAGGUAAACUUCCGAGAAUCCAUCUACGUUAUGUUGCGAAAAGCAAUCAGAGACUUAGACCGGUUUCUGUCGCACUUUGACACUAUCGUUUCUCCGGAAGCACUGACGAAGAUGGAAAACUUCGGAAAUGCCGAACAGUGCAUGCCACGAAACUCCAAAGGAAAGCAAAAAGUAGCCAUGAAGCAAAAUGGUAUUGCAUGCACUGUACCCACACGCAGCUGGGAAGAUUUGACACUCGAAGAACGUGUAGACUUCGCGUACUUCAUGAUCGAAUCUCUUCGUUCAAGUACAACCUCGGGACUCCCCACACCACUCCCCGAGCGGCUUACAUACCUGGCGUCCAGCUUCCCCGUGACAUACACUAGCUAUCACCCCCUUCUGGUGGAGUCUCACUUUGCAGUCCUCAUCUGCUACCUCAUGCUGGGCGAGAUUCAGACGGCGUGUCACAGAUUUGUUCAGACGGCAAUUGCAAUGGAUGGAUUCGAUGGGCACCCAGUCUUCCUGCCAUCACGCUCUAUGGCACAAGCUGAUUUUAGCGAGGUUCUGGAGAGAUUGGUGGGGGGAUGGAGGUGUGGAUUGCUUCCACCUUCUGCAUCAUGGCGUGCCACGGGCGUUCGGGCACCAUGCCAAGCGCAUCGGCCAGUAGGGGUGGGCGAACCAUCGAGUUCCACGGGACAACGCACCCCUUCAUCCUCCUAUCACCCAGACGACAAGGGAGAGUUGGAUAAAAAUGGAAAUGCUUCUGACCCGCUUGAUUUUGAAUCUCUUGUGGCUUUACGCAUGUUGAUGGCGCCGGUGUGGAGACGGCAACGAGAAAAACGUGGUCGCGCGGCUGCUCAGAAUCCUUCGGUCAUGAAUGGCGGGAUGCCAGUCAUUGCUUUGCAUGGCCCUCGUGUGGACGUAAUUCUCGCGUGGCUAGGGGCAGUGCACUUGCCCAAGUUUGAAGCGGCUGCGGUGAAAGGCCCUCCGCGUUUGAUGAAUAAUUACUCAGCAGAGUGAAGUAUAAAAGGAGAUUCUAUCCCUGUUUUUCAUUAACCUCCAGGAGCGCGGAGUCCGCGAUCAUAGAGAGCCAGAAGAAGAUAGGGGAAGAAAGCGCCCAUGCAACAACGACAGAAACUACCAAUAUGAUUACUAUUGGAACCAUGCUUGCAGGGAUGAAGCCAAAAAUGAGGGGUUCGUACAACAGCUGGAAUGGCACCAUGUGGUCAGGCUCAGGUGCCGCAUGUGGUAAUGGAAGUAGAUAGAACGCCCAGUGCAAAACAGCUGCAUGGGGCUGCAAAGGAGGCGCAUGCACAGCACGACUUCUUCCCAAGAUUCGUGCGUAUUGGAAUGAGAAGUGGUUCGACUGGGGUAGGUAAUCAUGUUUACGAGUUGAGAUGUUAUGCUCCACG